AUGCACCAUCUCUUUGGAAUUGUUUUGGGACAAAAGGACCUUUCACGUGCAGGGGACCUCUUCUCCUUAGAUGAUUCUGAAAUAGAAGGAUGCCUGUCAGAAGCUCUUGAGCAAAUAAAAAUUAUCAGUUCUUCUCCAGACUACCAAACGAAUGAUAACAACCAGGCGGUUGUGGAAAUCUGUAUCACUCGAAUCACUACAGCUAUCAGGGAGACAGAGUCCAUAGAGAAACAUGGAAAAUCUCUUGUUGCUCUUUGGGAGUCGUGCUUGGAGCACAACCUGAAACCUUCAGGAAAAGAUGAAGACACACCACAUGCAAAAAUUGCAUCUGAUAUUAUGAGCUGCAUCUUGCAGAAUUACAAUCGUCCUCCCAUUAUGGCAUUGGCUGUCCCAGUGGCGGUGAAAUUCUUGCAAAGGGGAAACAAAGAGCUAUGCCGGAACAUGUCAAGUUACCUUUCCCUAGCGGCCAUCAGCAAAGCAGAUCUACUGGCUGAGCACACAGAAGCUAUUGUAAAAAGUGUCCUGCAAGGGAAUUCCAUGUUGCUACGUGUAUUGCCAUCUUUGUAUGAAAAGCAAUCACAGCCAAUUAACAGCCACCUGAGAGACCUGGUUGCACUGAUGUCUCACUUGGAACCACCUGAACAGCAUCAUCUGUUACAACUGUUGAUGUUAGUUGCUAAGAAAAAACAGCCAGAGGUGCUUCAAGAAUGUAUUCCCUCUCUAAUUAGUCAUGUAAGAGAUCCCAAUAAUAAUGACAUCAUCCUAAAUAUACUGAUAGAAAUAUCAAGCUAUGAGCCAGAAGUAUUGGCCAAUUUGCUUCCUACACUGAAAGAGAUUGGAGAUAGUUUCCCAAGUCUGAUUGGACAAACAGCAAAGAUCUAUGGAGCUGUUGGACACAUUGAUGAGGAGAGAGCCCGAAUCUGCCUGAUCUACUUGGUUAAUCAACUAGCUAACAUGGAACAUUCAUUCCAUCAUAUUCUUCUGCUAGAAAUUAAGCACAUCACAGACACCUUCUCCAAUAUCUUGGGCAUCCAGAGCAGAGACAUUUAUCGCAUGAGUAACAGUUUCACUGCCAUCGCUAAACUUCUCAUUCAACAGCUGGAAAAUGACACUACCACAGACAGCAGGUCCAAAAGUCUGGCUUUGCAUGCUGUUCGUAUGAAGAACAUUCAUUCAGACAAUGGGCAAGAGGCAGAGAGUGGAGAUGUUACAGCUGGCAUUUCUUUCACAGAUAUCUGUUUGAGCCAGGAGAGCAACAAAUUGCCUUCAACAGCAGGCACUGAAGAGCUGCAGCUGGAAAACACUUUACUUUCACACCCAAAUAUCAAAUAUAUAGAAUCAGAAAACCUGCCAGAACAUGUUAAAGAAAACUGCUAUGAAGAGAGCCCGAAGACAACAAAGCAACCUGUGGAAUAUCAAGAUAAGCUUUACUUUCACUUAAAGGAAAAUCUCUCUAAAGUGAAAGCAUAUGUUCUGGAGAUGGGGAAGAAAAUUCCACUCCCAGAUGAAUGUGUUAUUGAAGAUACUGUUAGAAGUUCUGUAGCGAAGUUGUUCUUCAGCUGCCCCCUGAAAGGCCAUUACUGCUUGUACAGUAAAUCUAGCUUUACUCUCAUCAGCCGACAGCCUCAGCUUUGGAUCCAUAUCAUGUUUCUCUUUCAGCAGAACCUGUUUCCAGAACCUUUGUCCAUGCAAAAUAGUUCUGUGCAAGCCCUGAAAGCCUUGUGGGAAAAAACCCAGCUGAAGGGAACACACAGCUUUGAGACAGCUAUGGUUCAAUCUACGUUUCCACCCCAGAAGGAUCUGGACCAUGUGCAGAUACAGCUGGAAGAAGUGAGGUUCUUUGAUUUAUUUGGUUACAGCGAGGAAGCAGGAGCUUGGCAAUGUUUCAUGUGCAAUAAUCCUGAAAAGGCAACAGUUGUGAAUCAAGAUGGCCAACCCCUGAUUGAAGGCAAGCUGAAAGAAAAGCAAGUCCGUUGGAAAUUCAUCAAAAGGUGGAAAACCCGAUACUUCACUCUUGCUGGCAAUCAGCUUCUCUUUCGCAAAGGAAAAUCAAAGGAUGACCCAGAUGACUGCCCCAUUGAGCUCAGUAAGGUCCAGAGUGUCAAAGUUGUGGCCAAGAAGCGCAGAGAUCGCAGCCUUCCCAGGGCCUUUGAAAUCUUCACAGACAGUAAGACCUAUGUUUUCAAGGCCAAAGAUGAAAAGAAUGCAGAGGAAUGGCUCCAGUGCAUUAAUGUCGCAGUUGCACAAGUGAAAGAAAGGGAAAGCAGAGAAGCGACUACAUAUUUGUAAAAAUGAUGAGCAUGUUCGUGAUAUUCGUCAAACAUGGAAAUACACAGUGUCCCAUUAUUUGAAAAAAGAGAGAAUUUCAUCUCUCAGUGACAGUGGAUAUCAACUGGGCUACAUACUUCAUUUGCAAGAAGGACUGAAGUGAAGUGU